AUGGCGCUCCCAUGGAGCAUCCGUUGCCUUGUCAUUCUCACUCCAUGCAUUCGAGCUGCUAGGCCAGCUGCUCGGCCUUGGUUAGGGCUGAAGAGCAAAUCUUGUGAAGAUUUCGGGGCAACUGUCAUGUAUGGUCAUUGCUUUUGCCCAAAGGAAAAGAUGGCGACCACUGAUUGCGGAAAUGACGGAGUGGCAAACUUCAAGUUGGAGUCAGCAGCGACUGGCUGUGAGUGCAUUGAUAUGCCACACCCGUGGCCAUGUCCAUCAGGUGAUUUAUUAUACAUUUCCAAACCCAAAAAGGGCAGCAAAGUGCUCUGCGUGUGCCUGGAUGGGUAUGUGGCCAGCCCUGCAUGCAGAGCACCUGGGCUCCAGCAAGUGCACAUCAAAGCAAAAGAGCCACCUGGUUGUGAAUGCAUUCGUAAAAAUGAAUUUGCACUGGAAGAGAAGAUUCCAGUGGACGUGGCGGCCCUGCAAUUUUGUGAGGCCACAGUAGAUGCUGCGCGAUUCCAGCUCUUGGACAGCGGGUAUGAACACAAUCACAUACCAGGGGCGGUUCAAAAAAGCAUUGCCUAUACGCACGCCUGGCUCAAGCAGAUGCUGCCAGUCCAUGUGUGCCAGCAAGCGCUCAGUGCCUCCAAGGUGAGUAUCACUGACUCAAGUAGCUUGGGUUUUGGGCGCAUGGCACCACUGGUGGCAAAGGCAAAUUCCGCAGAUCGAAAUGCUUGGGAACACGCAUUGACACGGGUAUGCCAUGAUGAAUGCGAGCAGCUUGUCCGAGAAACCUUGGAGAAUUUCCAUGACAUAGCAAUGAAGGACCCUGAGAAAGGCAUUUCAUUUACCCGCUCGUGCGCAUCGAAAGUUGUUCAGAAGGUCGAAGCAGAAACCCUUGGCUGCUGUAGCCGCGUGUGCGGGUGGAACAACGUCACCUGCAUGUCGUGGCCAUUCUUGUCUCCGAACCAGAAGAUCCAGUGGGAAGCGCAAUGCUGCUCGGAAUGGAAUGUGCUCAAGGGUUCCAGUCGGCAAAGGAUGUGCGAUUCUGUGCUUUCUCCUGCAGAUGCGGCCAAGGUUUCCAAGAAUGACGUCACUGAGCCUCCUGAUGUUGACACAGAUGCAGUGAUUGUUGGGCAAGACUCCUUCCUCUUCUGGACCGAUGCUGGCGUGAAAUCCGACUUGGCGAAGGAUUAUGCUUCCAUGGAUGGACCUCCACAGGUGGGAGAACCUGUCGACAUGAUUUUGAUGCACCAGAAGCAUCUUCGGAAGAAGGGUUUGGAUCAGGGUUGGUUUGAGGAAAAAAAUCCCGGUGAUGAGUCUCUUUUGCAGAUGGGUGAAGGUUCGUGCGAGCCUCCGCCAGACAUGGUCAGUUGCACUGAGACCUUCAAGAAGUGGUACCGGAGCACGUGCACUCAAGAAACAGGUUGGAACUACAAAAACAAGGCUCAUAAUCAAGCCUUGAAGUGCAAAUUCUCAAUGCCGGCUGAGAUUGAGAAGACUCCAUUGGCCUGCAAAAAGAAGUUUGGCAAAGAGAAACGGGUGGCAAACUACUUCGAGUUCAAGCCGGACGAUCAGAAUGUCGUAUGCCAAAAGGUGGAGUCGUGCAAGUUUCUCGACAAGAAUCAUUUUGCUAAGAUCGGUGACAAAGAGGGUGCAGAGGAGAGGAUGAAUUUCGAACAGAUUGGUUUCUGGCAUUUUGUGCCCUAG